AUGCUGUGGGUGAGAAAACAAAGACAAAACGGACUUGCAGCACCUCCAAAAGCAACAAUUGAAAACAUAUUUACAUGGACUGGGCUAAAUUCUCUUGUAUCUUCUGAGGAACAUAUUUUCACGGAGCGCUACAGCCGGGCGGGGCCUCGGCAGUUCGUAGGUUUCCGUCACGGCCAACCGAGCGUUGCCGAGGACGGCCGGAGAUUCCAACAGGCGCCCCGCGCACGCUCUGUGUGGGUCUCAGUAAUGGCGGCGGCGCGGGCGGAGGCGGGCGGCUCCCGUUCGGUCACGGCCGGGGCCGCGGGCCCCGCCAUGGGCGACGUGGGGCCCGCCAUGGACGAGCGGACGGCCGCGAGCCCCACCGUGGACGGUCCCGAGGGCGGGACGGGCGCCGUCACGGUGGCGGAGGAGCCGCCGGCGCCGCCGCCGCUGCCGGGGCUGCGGCUGGUGCAGCAGGGCGCCGAGGCGCACGUGUACCGCGGGCUCUUCCUCGGGCGGGCCGCGGUGGCGAAGCUCCGCGUCCCCAAGCGGUACCGGCACCCCGCGCUGGAGGAGCGGCUGAGUCGGCGGCGCACGGCCCAGGAGGCGCGGUCGCUGCUGCGGUGCCGGCGGGCAGGGAUUCCAGCUCCAGUGGUUUACUUCGUGGAUUACGUCACCAACUCCAUCUAUCUUGAAGAUAUUGUAGACUCAAUUACUGUUCAGGAUCAUAUUUAUUCUGUACAAAAGAGUGGAAAUGAUACCAGUGGCCUCCAUAAGUUAGCAGAGAAGAUGGGUGAGCUGUUAGCAAGGAUGCACGAUGAGGAUAUUAUCCAUGGGGAUCUUACAACUGCCAAUCUCCUCCUGCGGCCGCCCACAGAGAAGCUGGACUUGGUGUUGAUAGACUUUGGACUCAGUUUUAUUUCGGGUCUUCCAGAGGAUAAAGGAGUUGAUUUGUAUGUUCUGGAAAAAGCCUUCAUUAGCACUCAUCCAGAUACUGAAACAAUGUUCCAAGCUCUGCUAAAGACCUAUUCAGCAGCAUCUAAAAAAUCUGGUCCUGUGAUCAAAAAGCUGGAUGAGGUUCGGCUAAGGGGAAGGAAGAGAUCCAUGAUUGGGUAGAAGAGAGUGGGGUUAGGAAUGGAGAAAUAAUAGGUUUUGCAAAUGGGGU